AUGAAUCAAUUAGAUGAUUUUGAUCAAAUUGGAUUCUAAUAAUCUUCUAGUCAAAAUGCAAAUUUCGACUUUGAUGGAAAUAUUAGAAAUCCAUAAACUUCUACAAAUCAUAACAGAAAAAUAAAAGAAAAUACAAAAAAUACAUAUAUCAAAAAAAUUAGUUCACUUAUGAAAUUAUCUCCAACAUAAGAAAAAAUUGAAGAGAAAUCAAUGUAAAUUGUUUCAUUAAUUAAAAAGGCCAGAAAAAAAAUUAUUAACUAAACCAUUUUAAAGUCAAUAAUAAUUUAAUUAUAUUUCUCAAACAGAAAAGGAAGAUAAAUUAGCAAAGAAUAGAGAAUCAGCUAGAAAUAGUAGAAAAAGAAAGAAAAUUUAUCUUGAAUUACUAGAAAACAAAGUAACAAAAUUAUCUGAAUAAUUGGAUUUAUUUAAAGAUGUUAAUGAUAAAACCUAUAGUUUGGCAUAAAAUUUAUAAAUUAAAUUAACAUAAGUAAAUAAAUAUACAAUAUACUCUCUUAGAAAAAAGAAUAAGAUUAAACAAAAUGUAUAUUAUUCAACAACCUAUAAACAUCAUUAUAAAAUAAUGCAUCAGAAGCAAAUGUUGAUUCAAUAAUAGAUUCUUUAAAUGUAAAUUAUAUAUAGAUAUAAAUAGAAAAAAUUUGGUUCAGCAUCUUAAGAAAGAUAAUUCUUAAUUGAUCAUUAUGCAAGAUAGAUAAAUGAAAAUUGUUUAGCUCCAUUUUGCAAUUAUAUCAUUUAAAUAGCUAAGAAAUAAGAUGAUAUCUUUUGUUAAAAUGAAUAGUAAAUAAAUAAAUAAUUAUAUAAUAGAAAUAUGAAUCUUAAUGUGUUAACUUAAUUGAAAUUGGCAGAUAAAUAAAAAUAAAUACUUUUAAAAAAAUAAUAAAAAUUAGCUAAACAUUAUCAUGAUAUCUCUAAGUAUAUUUUAAUCUUAUAUAUAAGUGCUGUUACUUAAAUUAUGGAUACAAAAUCUUUGAUCUAAAAAGAACUAGCAUCCUUUGAUUCAACUCUUGAUUAAUUGAGAAAUGAAUUAAGACCAUCAUAAGUAGCAAAAUUACUCUUAGCAAUUGAAAAGAAAGACAUGCAACAUACCUUUAAAGAGUCAUUUGAGAAAUUUUUUGGCCAUGACAUAGAAGAGGAUGACUCUUUAGAUUUAUAUUAAUUUAUGACUGAACGAAAUUAAUGUAAUUCUCUUGGAAUUGACAUUUAAAAUACCUAUGAUGUUUUUAGAGCUUCUCAUGAUUUUCUUUUUGGUAAAAAUGAAGAAAUAGAAAAUAAUUAGAUAAAUGGUAAAGAUAUUUGA